CGCCGCGAACGCCACGUUUUUGUGCCGCUCCGCGUCUAAAAAUUCAAAAAAGUGAAAAGUUCUAUUGGAUUACAGUGAAAGUGGUGUUGAAAGAAGCGGAAAUUUGCGAGGAACUCAAUAGUGAAAACCGCGUGACCCGGUGCCCACGAGAACAAAAGUUAUCGCCAAAAAACCGAAAAAACCCACGUGGUCACAACACAAAGUGGCGUGCGCCGCUCGAUUUUUAUCGAUGAGGUGUACUUUUUCAAGUGUGGUUUUAAAGGUAUAAGUGUCAUACACCUUUCACCCGAUUUCCAGAUUUUUUCCGUGGAAACUGACGGUGCUACACUCGUUUAAGUGAAAACCACGUGGCCACGUGGUCCCCCUUCCACUGGGAGUUGAACGAUGUGAACUACCUCCGGAGAUAGCCCAGAGAGCCUCUAUCAAAAGACCGUUUGAAUCUUCACAUUAUCUCACUCCAGGACGGAGAUAUAGGAAAUUUACUAAAAAAGUGCAUAAUAUUCCAACUUUCGACGCAAAUUAAUCAGAAAUAAGAUCUGUAACCCCCCCUUUUUCCUAGUGUAGGACGUGGCUGGAAUCAUUUCCAACACCUCCACAAAAAUCCAGAUUUUUAUCCCUAGGGGUUACUCAGUUACAGACAUUUCUUCCUAUUCGUGUUGAAAGUCCAACGGGAGUGAAGGAGAAAGAAAUAUCAUCUAUCUCAACGGGUGCCCUGUUGUCAACAAGGAGGCGUAGGCUACGUCACACAAAUUGGUACGCGACGUAGACCUCCUCGUAGCCAAGCAGCGUAGAGGCGUAGCAGCCAACGUAGCACACCCGACGGUCGCUACGAGGAGCCAUUGUGUGUAAGUUCGCGUGCCGAAGUGACCAUUUGGAUUUCUUCUUUUGCUUUAUGAGUGGACGAAAUAUAAUUAAAUAAAAUUUGAACAGAAUUGCACGUGGCGGUCGCGUGAUUGUUGUUUACGCGCAAACCGAGUGACCGGAGUGCGCGCUCAAGGUCAAUUGCCGUCUCGUUUGUUUCUUGUUUGUUUCGUUUUGUGCCUAUCCUCAUAUUUGAACAAACAAGUACAGGGAAAAUUGUAAAUUAUUAUAGCGAAAUUAAUGCAUGCGCGUCAAAAGACAUUACAGAAACAUUGUUUUGGCAACGUAGUGAUACAUCGACGACUUGGAGAAUUGCAGAUUUAAUUAUGUAGAUAGUUUUAAGCUUAGUAUAUUAAUUUUAUUGCUACUCUAGGAUACAUUGUUGUAUCUAUUAGACAAUAGUCGACAAUAAUAUAUCUGACAUAUUUUGUAAAUGGGUCUGCAAGACAUAUUAUAAUAGGACAACUUUCCCCGACAGACUACACACCACACUCACACAGUUAAGCUUUCCCUGUUCUUCUCGCAAGGCCUACUACACAAACACCUUUACACAAACACACACACCCGCACACACUGUAUAAACAAUCCGCGUACAAGACACACAGAUACAAAAAUGUACCGCACACCGACAACCUCCGGCGCUGCCAGAAAACCUGGUUCCUCCAGCCCCACUGCAACCCCAUCUGCACCAGCGCAGGACGCUGCAAAAACUUUUAUCCGGAGACCAGACCGGAAAAGAAGAUCACUGGAUAAUAUGGCGAUAUACAACAAGCAUAUAGAGGACUACGCGGUGAAACCGAGUGACGCGCUCCUCCAGGAGGUGAUGAAGACCUUUGAGGACAUUCCAGCGAAAGUCCAAGAAUACCCUCAAAUGAGGAAAGAUAUAAAGACCUUCCUGGAGGGGCAGUCUGAUAAGUGCCUCCGUAUCUUGUUUGAAUUAAGCAAGCGAGUGACAUGUUUGGAAGCAACAGCAACCAAAACGCGGUCGCCCCGUACAGCCAGAUCGCCCGAAAAAGACGACGUCCACAUCUUAGAAAAGUUGGGGGAAGUGGAAAACCUGGUACAAAAGCGACUGAAUGAGUUGGAAAGUAGGAUGCUAGCAUGCUUCGACGACCAAAUCAGGCUUCAAAAUGAUGACUGCGCCGACAUGGUCCGCAAGAUUGGCAAUAAAAUCGAUGACGCUAAAGCGGCCAUUGACCACACAACAGAGGGUGUCAGGAUCGCUCAUCGAUCCCAAAUAAUUCUUGAUGAGAAACUCGACAAUAUUGCGGGGAAUGUGGCGGCCGUUAAUGCAACAGUGAUUGAGGUCGCAAAAAAUAAGCAGCCAUGCGAAGCUAAGACCUACGCUAGCGUCGCAGCAGCCAAGCCCGGGCAUCGGCCGGCACUACACUCGAUGGCGGUCACCCUCGAAGGCAGUCAGGAGACUGCCGACGAGGUGCUUGAGAGAGUGAGGAAGGCGGUCGAUGCCAGGGGUACUGGCCUGAAAAUAAGCAAGGUGCGCAAAGCAAAAAACCAAACAGUUAUUUUAGGGUGUGACACCGAAGCGGAACUAUACAAGGUGAAAGAAACAAUUGAAAGCCGGGGGGAGGGCUUAAUUGUUUCCCGUAUGAAAAAUAAAAACCCGCUUGUCAUCCUAAAAGAUGUCUUCCUCCCGAGUGACGACGAGGAGAUAAUUAAAGGGCUACAUAUUCAAAACGAGGAUAUAUUUAGGGACUUGUCUCAGGAAGAUAAAGAAAUGACCAUAAAGUUCAAGAAGAGGACAAAAAAUCCCAAAACGGCGCACGUCAUUGUCCAGGUUGGUCCCGUGGUAUGGCAGAGGAUGACGGAGGCUGGGGCCCUCUACCUGGACCUGCAAAGGAUCAGAGUCGAGGACCAGUCUCCGCUCAUCCAAUGCACGAGGUGCCUCGCAUUUGGACAUGGUCGAAAAUUUUGCACCGAGAGUGUGGACAGAUGCAGUCACUGUGGAGGACCGCAUCUGCGCGAGAAAUGCGCAGACUUCAUCGCAGGGACCGAACCGCAGUGCUGCAACUGCUCACACUCUGGGUUGCGGAAGGCCGACCAUAACGCUUUUAGCGCCGAAUGCCCGAUACGAAAAAAGUGGGAUUACUUGGCUCGCGCUAACACAACAUAUGCAUAACCUAAACGCAGGACAUUACACAGCACGUACACACAGACACAAAGCACACAGAAACAAAAACACAACACACACAAACAUGAAAUACACAACAACACGAACACAAAUGAUAUACAGAAUGUAUAUUGAAUAUACACGAUUAUAUCAGCACAAAAACACUUACAUGAACCACAAACAGUAACUCGAAACAAGGUAAAAC